UCCUUUAAGGGGACCCGGAAGUGCUUGUUAAACCGGACGUACAGACUUCCCAAUGUGACUUACCUUUGCAAAUAGCUACUUAUGUUGUAAUUCUGUCUUCUUAGAGGUUUAAAGUAUACAAAAUGUUUCUUACCACCGCAAAUUUGGCCAAGGCAAAAUCAAAGACCAUCUUGGUGCAGAUGAUGAGCGCUGCAGGGACGGGCUACUUCUUCAACACGAAGAGGAACCGUCUCCGAGACAAACUGGUGCUGCGCAAACAUGAUCCAUUUGUGAACAAGCAUGUCCUAUUCUUUGAGAAGAGGAAGAUCAAAUCAAUUUAACAAUACAGCACCGCACAAAUAUAUGGACAACAUUAAACCUGCUCGGUUUAAA